UCAUGCAGCCCCAUGCGGCGGAGGUGGCACGCCUCUACCAGACAGAGUUCGUCCGGAGUGCGCGGGCUAUGGGUGUCUUGUGGGCCAUUUGCACGCUCUGCUUCGCAGUCAUCGAGGUGGUCAUCCUCGUUCAGCCGUCCUGGGUGGGCACGCGUGAGCUCCGUUAUCCAGCCAGCAGUGUCGGUGGAAAGGCGCCACCUCAGACUGGUACGCUGGGCCUGUUCGAGGUGUGUGUGGAGUCAGACUGGCCAGUGCCGGAGUGCACAGGCUCCCUACAUACGCUGACCCCGAUUCCAGCCUUCCAGUCACCGGCUGUGCUGGUGUGCAUCUCCCUCACCAUGGUCUGGGUCAGCGUGGGCUGUCUGUGUCUGUUUCGCUUCUGCAACGCCGCAACCGUGUACAAGAUCUGUGCCUGGCUACAGCUCACCGCUGGUUUCUGUCUGGCGCUGGCCUGCGUGCUCUUCCCAGACUCGUGGGAGUGUGCUGAGAUGCGUGCACUGUGUGGAGACAGCGUUGAGAGUUUCUCUCCAGGGAACUGUUCCGUGCACUGGGCCUACGUACUGGCCAUGCUGGGAGUGCUGGACGCCGGGAUCCUCGCCACACUUGCCUUCGUCCUGGGCAACCGACAGGAUGCACUGCUCCCAGAUGACGCCAAGGAUGGUGACGGUAAAACAGGACAUUCAUCAAACUUUACUGAAUACGAGUUAAAAAGUAAAAGUAGAGUUAAAUUAGAGCAAAGAUCUCUCCUGUUUUCCUCAGUGACCGGAUUGUUACUGGAAGCGUAGCCUGGGGAUGAAGCGAUACUACAGGUACGGGUGUUAAGAUAAAAUAAGUUGCCAGUUUAUUAGGUACAACUGAAUAAACAUUGGCCAUUCACAUACGGUGUACCCUUAUAGAAGUCACAUGAAGUUUAUAUGUGAAUAAUCACAUGAUUCGUUUAUUUUCACAUUCAAUUUUUUCCCCACGGUCUUCUAUUGUAAUGUUUUACCACAUGAUUUAUUUUUAUAUGGAAUCUUUCCACAUGACUCGUUUAUUUUCGCGUGAUUUUUCAAAUGAUUUAUUACUUUUUUUUUUCAAAGGAUUCAUGAAUCAUUUUUUUUUAAUGUAUGAUUCAUUUAUUUUCAUGUGAUUUUAAUUUUUUCCACAUGAUUAAAUUUAUUUGGACGUCAUUAUCCAUGAAUCGUUUAUUUGGACAUGUGAUUAGCCACGAUUUUUGACUUUCCACACGAUUCAUUUGUUUUCGAAUGCGAUUAUCCGAGAUUCAUCUAUGUUCCACAUGAUUCGUUUUCACGGGAUUUUUUUUCAACAUGAUUCAUUUUCACACCUGAUUUCCCCACACGAUUCAUUUACGUUCACAUAUUAUUAUUAUUAUUAUUAUUUCUUUUCAUGCGUUUUGUUUACACAUUUUUUUCCCCACGUGUUAAUCUUUCAGGUGAUCACAUAUUGUUGUGACUGUAGCUCAUCUGAUGGUGUAAAUAAUCUGUCAGCCCCACCCUGACUCCAUCAAUGAACAAAAAGACCGCACUGAAGACCACCAUUGAUCUGACACUCAGACAGCAUCCUAUAGUGGCCCCUUUCAUAAAAAUUGUAUACUAAGAGACCUAUAUGCUAGGAGUCCCUGAUAAAGCACCGCUGUCCUUGCUUUGAUAUUCUUUAACGUCUUCCUUGAUAUUUUCAUGUUUCUAGCUUUCUCUUUUAUUUCUACCCCCCAUGUACUUUCAUCUUUCUUCAUUAGACUCCUUUAAUCUGGGGCAGGUCUCUCUGUCCUCAUCGGAAAGCUGGAGAAAAACAGACGACAUGAGAAAACCUCACUUCCUCCUCCCCCACAGCAUGACAUCAUGUCCCCGACGCUUACAUAAAAACUGCGCAUAGAAACUAGAGACGGUCGCCUGGCAACCGCAACCGAUGACUUCUCCAGCUGUUAGUGGAGGCAGGGAAAUACAAGGACACUUGUUUUUCAUUCUCUGGCGCCUCCUGAUUAGCAAGCGGAUGUCAUCGUAGAUAUUACUUACUUUUUCUGUUAAUUCUCCACAUUGUCCUGUAUCGAGACCAUCAAAUGUAUUCUCUCCUUGUCUGGUGCCACUGUGUGGUGUGAAUUUUAGGUUUCUUCAUGUUCUCAUUAGUCUGCGUUAUUUAAGAUAAAUAUAGAACAGAUGAAGCAAUACCAACAAUAAGGCCUUAAUUUAAGGGGGAAAAAAACAUAACUCUGGAUAGGAUUUUGAUUAAAGAGCAGGUUACAUUUUUAAAAAAUUAUUUCUAUAUCUGAAAGUUAAAUGAUUAAAUAUAGUUUAUUAUUAUUAUUAUUAUUAUUAUUAUUAUUAUUAUUAUUAUUAUUAUUUUUAGAGGUUUUAAUAGCGUUAAUCACAACAUCUUAAUAACACAUACAAGGUGAUUAAUGAAUAUUCAUCUUUGGCAAUUAAAAGAGGAAUUACAUCAUUCUUAGUGUCUUCAGGCAUUGCAAUGAACAUUUAUUACACGUCGCAUAAGCAACACAGUGCGUGAGCAAAUAUCGAGCUCUAACGUGAACGACGAGUACAGAGAAACAAAGAACUGACUCAAGAUUUUGAUAUCGACAUCCAAUUUUUUUCUUUAUUGUAACGACCAUUUUUUUCUCGUUUUAUUUUACAAUCCCACCGGCUACUCACAGAUGCAUAAGAUUAAUAAGAUUAAGAUUUCAUAACCACACAGAUAAGGAAACAACAACAACAACAAAAAAAACCCACACGUAUAAUUAUGAUUUAAAACACGGUUUCUUGCACAUGUUCUCACAUAGAGUAAUCAGAGAGGGAACUCCAGAGGAGAGGUGAUGUGUAAAACAGCCAGCGUCAUCAUUUUGUAAAAUUUUUUUUUGGCACAUUAAUGUACUAAAGCCACUGGAGAAGCAAAAGGAAGCAGAACAACAGCGACUGACUCUUCCACAGCGAGAGUAGGUUUCAGUAAUACACACAGGACGAACGCUGUCCGAACACGAGAUCAGAAAGAGAGCAGAGACCCAAAGAGUUUAACUCAGUGCUGGAAAUUUUGCUGUGUUGCACUGCCAAAGUCUGAGGUCUUAAAAUAGCUCUGCUAUUUCAGGGCUCAUUGACUGAUACAUUGAGUUGACUGAAAUUUGAUAUGUUUAAAUAAUAAUCUAAUGGACAACAUUCACAGCAACCCUAGCCUAGCUUAAGUUCAGUCUGUCUGUAUAAAGCUACAGAAAAAGCCAGGGCCAAGACGUUUUCCUGUGUGAACUCUGGUGUUUUGUGGUCAUUAUUAAAUCUCCUACUACUACAUUAAAAUAUCUCAUAGUUUGAUCAAUAAAGAGUUUUCAGUGAAAACAGUGUCUGUCCUAGUGUUUGCUUUAUAAACAGUUCCGCUUAAAAGAUCAACUAUCUCAAUGAUAAUUGGAUAACACCAGUUAGCACUUUGGUAAUUGGUGGCUCUUGUUUGGAUUUUUGGUCCAAUGAAAUGUUUAAAAGAGUCCUUCACUCAGUCUUCCAUUCAAUCUAGCUCCUUAUAUCUAAGGCUGAUAAUCCACUGGGUGAUGGUAUCUUUGGUACAGAUGGGGCAAAUUGGAUAAAGUUCACAUCACAGGUUUAAAUAAAUGACAAUCCUAAUUAAUUACACUGAUGGAUAAAAUCUCCCCCCCCCCC